AUGAAAGAAAAAAAGUCUUUUACAGUAGCCCUUCUACUAUCAUAUCUUGUUCUAGUUGCCACAGGAAAAGGUGCAAGAACUAUACAACAAUGGGAAAAUACUAGCCAUAUCCCCACAUAUCGACAAUCUAAUAAAACCAUUAUGAUGGAAGAUGGAGAUAUCUAUGAUUGCAUCGAUGUGAAUCUACAACCGGCUUUUAACCACCCGUUGUUGAAAAACCACACAAUUCAGAUGGAACCAAGUUCUUUUCCGAUUGGACUAAACAUAAAAUCUUCGUUCCCACAUGUCGUUUCACAAGUGCAUUUGUCUAUUGUCAAAUGCCCAAGAGGAAUGGUUCCAAUACUACGUAAUGGUAGAAGGAAUCAAAUAUCAGCACACUUUAUAGAUCAAGCGAUUAGCAAGGAUGCACAACUCGAGGAGGCAGGGCUGAAAUAUUUUGAUGAUUUAUAUGGGGUACAAGCUACAAUAAAUGUUUAUGAGCCAAAGGUGAAGAAGGAUAGCGGGGAUCUUAGUCAAACAGGGAUCCAAAUUGAUAACGGACCAAAGGGUCAUAUGGACAGUAUAAAUGCUUGUUAUUCAGUAUCUCCAAGCUUCUAUGGCGAUACUUUUGCGAGGUUUCAUGUUGGUUGGCGCGAUGGUGUACAAAACAAGUCAUGCAUUGAUCAUGAUUGCCCUGGUUUUGUUCAAGUUAGCCACAAUGUUGGCCUUGGAGGAAGAGUAAAACCUGUUUCAGUUUACAAUGGACCACAAUAUGUGAUAUACAUUCUUAUAUUCAAGGACCCAAAGACACAUAAUUGGUGGUUGGCGUAUGGUAAAGACAAAACACCAGUUGGAUAUUGGCCAAGUUCAUUAUUCACUCGCCUUAAGGAUAAAGGGAACUUUUCAUACACUGGUGGGCAUGUUUCAGGACCGACGGCUUCAUCAGACUCUCCACAAAUUGGCAGUGGGCAUUUUGCCUCCGAAGGCUAUGGAAAAGCGGCUUUUAUAAAAGACAUCCAAAUUAUUGAUAACAACAACAAGCUUGUAACACCAAAUGAAGAGAAAGCGAUUAGAGGCAGUAGUGAUGUAAGGAAAUAUACCAUCGGCAAUUAUGGAGUUGACGACCAUGGUGUGCAUAUGUACUAUGGUGGGCCGGGUAAUUUUGUCUAA